GGAACGAUGUCCCUUCCCAAUGAUACCCACUUUCACCCCUAUUCCUUCUUGUUGCUGGGGAUCCCAGGACUGGAAACACUCCACAUCUGGAUUGGCUUUCCCUUUUGUACUGUGUACAUGAUUGCACUCGUAGGGAAUCUCACUAUUCUGCUUGUGAUCCAGACUGAAAGCAGCCUACACCAGCCUAUGUUCUACUUCCUGGCCAUGUUGGCUACCAUUGACUUGGGUCUCUCCACAGCCACCAUCCCUAAGAUGCUGGGAAUCUUCUGGUUUGGUCUCAGGGAGAUAAUCUUUGAUGCCUGUCUCACUCAGAUGUUUUUCAUCCACAAUUUCACAGGUAUGGAGUCAGCAGUCCUCUUGGCAAUGGCUUAUGACCGUUAUGUGGCCAUCUGCAACCCACUCCGAUAUAGCACCAUCCUUACCAACAAAGUUGUUUUUAUGAUUGGUCUUGGUGUGUUACUGAGGACAUUUAUUUUUGUUAUUCCAUUUGUAUUUCUCAUUUUGCGAUUGCCUUUCUGUGGGAAUCAUGUUGUUCCCCAUACCUACUGUGAGCACAUGGGUCUUGCUCGUUUGUCUUGUGGCAGCAUCAAGAUCAAUAUCAUCUAUGGCUUGUGUACUAUUUUAAUCCUACUGUCUGACAUGAUAGGCAUUGCCCUUUCUUAUGUUCAGAUACUCCAUGCUGUUUUCCGUCUUCCUUCCCAGGAAGCCCGCCUCAAAUCUCUCAGCACAUGUGGUUCACAUGUUUGUGUAAUUCUUGCUUUCUACAUACCAGCCCUCUUUUCCUUUAUGACACAUCGCUUUGGCCAGAAUGUCCCCCGUUAUAUCCACAUACUUCUGGCCAAUCUUUAUGUUAUAGUGCCACCAAUGCUCAACCCUGUCAUAUAUGGAGUCAGAACCAAGCAGAUAUAUGACCGUGUGAAGAAAAUACUAUUAAAAACAUAA